AUGCAAGCAGCGAUAGGAAUCGUACCCCUCAACAAACGGGAGCUUAUGCCUCCAGGCAGAAAGCUGUGGAGAGGAAAGAUUACAGUCGGUUUCUCUUCCUUCCCCAGGGACCAGGCUUGCUCUGAACAAACCAGCACAGACCUGCUCAAGUGCAACCGCAAGUUGUAUUGGUCCAGAGAAGCCCAGUACUUGUAUCUACGCCGCUUGUCAUCGAGAAGCUUCUCGGCUAUUAUGAUGAACCCAGCCAUGGAAGAGACCGUGUGGGAGCAGUACACCGUGACCCUGCACAGAGAUCCAAAAAUGGGUUUUGGGAUCGCAGUUUCGGGAGGACGGGACAACCCCAAUGAGGAAACGGGAGAGACGUCCAUCGUUGUGUCGGACGUCUUGCAAGGCGGGCCCGCCGACGGACUGCUGUUUGAGAAGGACAGAGUUGUUCAGGUGAACGCCAUCCCCAUGGAGGGAGCCCUCCACUCCUUUGCUGUUCAGACCCUCAGGAAGUGUGGCAAAGUGGCCAAAAUUACCGUCAAGAGACCCCGGAAAGUUCCGGUCAACUUGCUGAACCGCCCCUCGUCCCCCGAGGACAGAGUCUUCAACAACGACCACAAUGACGACUACAACUACGAUCAGGACCGCCGCAGCGUGUACAGCGGCCGCAGCGGCGGGGGCCGCGACCAUAGCCUCGAGAGGGAGCGAGGUGGGGGGGGCUACAUGGAUUCUGGAUACCAAACUCGCGAGCGCGACUACGACCGCGGCAGGAGCACAGAGAGAGACUUCAGCCCAGACCGCCCGUACAGAAGAGACGGCAGCAGGGGUCGCACCCUGGACAAGGAGCGCAGCCCUGACCGCCGCUACCGGAGCGACCACCUGCUGGACCGCGACCCCAGCCCGGACAGAAGGUACCGCAGCGAGCGUACGCUAGACCGAGACCACAGCCCCGACCGCCGCUACCGCAGCGAGCGGGCCCUGGACCGCGAGUACAGCCCGGACCGCCGCUACCGCAGCGAGCGAAUGCUGGACCGGGCCCACAGCCCGGACAUGCGCUACGGCCGCGAACACAGCCCGGGAAGAGCCCGAGGGCACGACCACAACUACGAGCCGGGACGGGGAGGCGACCCAAGGAAGUACGACGAGCCGGUGAGGCGGAGCGGGAGCAGGGACCGCCUGGAUCGCUUGUCCCCGCCUACCGUCGCGCCCAUUCCUCUGCCCCGGCCUGCCCGGGACCUGGAGCCACUGGAGAAACCUGUGAACGUGCUGCUGUUGAAAAACCAUCCCAACGAAGAAUAUGGCCUUCGUCUGGGCAGUCAGCUCUUCAUCAAAGAGAUGACCAGUACAGGGCUCGCUGGCAGAGAUGGAAACUUGCAGGAGGGGGACAUCAUACUAAAGAUUAACGGGACCGUGACAGAGAAUCUGUCUCUGAGCGAUGCGGGGAAGCUAAUCGAGAAGUCCCGCGGGAAGCUGCAGCUGGUGGUGCAGAGAGACAGACGACAGGUUCUGAUCCGAGUCCCGCCAAUGGUCGACAGCGACUCAGAGCUCGAUGAUAUCUCUGAGAUCGAGUCGUACCGCUCUUACUCUCCACAGGAUGACAGACGGGGCCAUCACUCCGACCUUUCCUCCCACUCCUCCAACGAGCGAAUCAGAGAAAAACCCAGAGAGGACCCCCCUAGCAGGCUCACUAAAAUGGGUGCCAUGCCGACGCCAUUUAGAGUUCCAGACAGAGCAGAAGAAUCGCCGCAGGCCGACAGGAAUGAGCAUCGAUCAGAGACACCGCCAGCUGUUUCCGCACCACAGAAGGUCAAUGCUCCUCCUAAGACGUCACUAAAGCCAAGCCCAGAGGACCAGGAAGUGUACGGACCCAACACAGUCAUGGUGCGUUUCAAGAAAGGCGACAGUGUGGGUCUUCGGCUGGCGGGAGGGAACGAUGUCGGCAUCUUCAUCGCUGGUGUUCAGGAGGACAGCGCGGCCGAGCAAGAGGGUCUCCAGACAGGAGAUCAGAUUGUGAAGGUGAACAACGUGGAUUUCAGAGGCAUGGUGCGUGAAGACGCUGUCCUUUACCUCCUGGAUAUCCCAAAAGGAGAAGAUGUGACCAUACUUUCUCAAAGCAAACCAGAAGUCUACAAAGACAUUUUAAAUUCUGGCAGAGGCGAUUCGUUCUUCAUCCGAACCCACUUUGAGUAUGAGAAGGAGGCCCCACAGAGUCUUCCUUUCUCCAGAGGAGAGAUCUUCAAAGUGACCGACACCCUUUACGACGGCAAGCUGGGCCACUGGCUGGCCAUACGCACAGACAAAGAUAACCAGCUGCUGGAGAAAGGAAUCAUCCCCAACAAGAGCAGGGCAGAGCAGAUGGCAAACGUCCAGAAUGCCGCCCGGGCUGCAACAGGCAACGACCGGGGAGACUUCUGGAGGCUGAGGGGUCAGAGAGCAGCCAAGAAGAAGGAUUUGCGCAAGAGCCGAGAGGACCUGAGUGCCACUCCAGUUGCCACAAGGUUUCCUGCCUACGAGAGAGUGGCGUUACGCGAAGCCGGUUUCAGAAGACCUGUGGUGAUAUUUGGGCCUAUUUCUGACGCCGUGAACGAAAAACUGGCCAACGACCUUCCAAACGAGUUUGUCAUAGCCAAAACGGAGCCCAAGGAUGCCGGAACGGAAAAAUCCUCCGGAGUAGUGAGACUGAACACCAUUCGACAGAUCAUCGAGCAGGACCGCCAUGCCCUGCUGGACGUGACUCCCAAAGCGGUGGACACCUUGAACUAUACCCAGUGGUAUCCCAUUGUCAUCUUCCUGAACCCAGACAGCAAACAGGGAGUCAAGACCAUGAGGAACCGCCUCUUGCCCGGAUCCAACCGGAGUGCGCGCAAGUUGUACGAGCAGUCGGUGAAGCUGAGGAAGACCUGUUCGCACCUGUUCACAGCCACCAUCGACCUGAACUCUGCUAAUGACGCAUGGUAUGGCAGCGUGAAGGAGUCCAUCCAUGAUCAGCAGGACAGAGCGGUUUGGGUGUCCGAGGGCAAGCUGGACGGUUCAGAGGAGGACCUGGAUCUCCACGACGACCGCAUGUCCUACCUGUCGGCAAUGAGCGCCGACUAUCUCAGCAUGGACAGCCGCCUGACCAGCGACUACGAGGACACGGCGGACGAAGGCGGAGCUUACACCGACAACGAGCUAGACGAGACACUGGAUGAGCCUCAGCCCGUGUCGGCCAUCAGCAGGUCGUCCGAGCCCGUGCUGCCAGACGAGAGGUCCCCCCAUGAACCCCGGGCUCGCAUGAGGAGCAGAGAGAUUAACAGAGAGCCCAGUCCUCCCCCUUCUUUUGUUCCCGAACCCCCAAAGGUGCGCGCUCAGACCCGGACCGACUCCACAAGGAGCUAUGAGUCGCAGUCCAGCAGCACCAUCAGCAGCGAUGCGGCAGCCGUAAACAAGCCCGCCCCUCCGCCCGUGGCUCUGAAGCCCUCCCUCACCCGUCUGAACCAGACAUCAGAGGACCUUAGGGAGGGGGAGGAAGAGGAAGACCCUGCCAACAAAUCCUUCAUGGGAAAGAUUAAAGCUUUUGAGAAAAUGGACCACCUGGCACGAGCUCAGAGGCUGCUGGAGCUUCAGGAGGCAGAAAACGCUCGGCUGGAAAUCGCCCAGAAGCACCCAGACAUCUACGCCGUCCCUGUAAAACUGCCCAAACCCAACCUCAACCGCCCUCAGCCGAUUGGCUCAAGCUCCAGCGCCGAGCCGCAGGCCCCGUCCAGGCAGCCGUACUCGGAGGUGAGGGGACACGAGGACAGCGAGGCCAACUACCGCCGCCAGCUGGCCGACCAGACCAAGAGAGGGUACUACAAUCCUCAGAAAUACAAAGACACGGAGCUUUAAGCGGCCCGAAAGCCGAGAGAGUCACCGCAAGGUUCUGCUGCUCUACUGUUACAGUCAGACGGCAGCUGUUUCCACGGUUACAGCUUUAGCUGCUAUGGCAAAACCCUCUGAACUUACAUUUCCUGGCAAUGUGGUUUCAGCUUUCAUUUUUAUACUAUUUUUUUUGUUUUUGAACUAUUGGUCCAGGAAACACGCGCGCACUGCUGGCUUCUCACUUUUUUUCUUUUUUUCCCCCCAUAUUCUUCAAUUUCCGUAUGUACAUAUUUUGUGUUGUUUUUGUUUUUUUUAAUACCAACAACCUGUCGUGUGUUACAGUUAAAGUCUGGAGAGGCAAACAUCUUACUAUGAGCAGGGAAGACGAGCAUUUUUAUCCAUCACAGGGCCGAAAAUCCUAGUAGUAACGUCUGAAAUCAGAAUAUAAAAGUCAAUACAGGCAGGCAUAAAUUGAAGCCACCACACAGUCUGUCGUUCUUAUGGAAUCAUGUCUAAAGCCAACAGGGUGUUGCACAUGCUCUGUUAGCAGCUGCUCUGAUACUAGACGUUCACUCCUCUGAUCACUACCGUCCAGGCUUUGUCUGAGGCAUGGCACCCUUCCACAUUCCACCUGCGUUCACACUGUAUGAGAUGAUUACAGAAGUAUGGUCAAGUGCCUUGCGGCUCUCAUUUAUAAUUUGGAAUUGAAGAGUUCUGUUGGCAGGACAGUGUUUUUGUAAGCAGGACCAAACUGAGGGUUAAGUGUUUAUUUUAACCUCAUAAUACAACUGUUUUAUCAUGUAAUUCAAAGAUAGGAAGGCUAUUCAAAUAAAAUAAAAUGUUAUAAUGUGUUUGGUGAUUAAAUAUUCUUCUAUAUAAUUUAACUUUGCAGCUGUCUAAUGAUUAGCUCUGCCUGAGCAAUAAACAAUGUCUCCAGAGCCAGAGGACUGAGAUAAGCAGUAUAAACGUAAAGUAAAGGUGGAUUCCAAUGCUGCAACAUGGUUUGCUUGUCUUUAUUAGCCGCUCGCAACCAGAGACAAUCACAUUUAUAUGGCUUAUAUUUUUCUAUCGAACACACUCUUUAGUUCAGUCUUUGUGUACAGGAGCACCAGGAACAUGGUGACAAUCAUUUUAGUUUCUUUUGAAUUCGUUUGUUUGUGAUUCUGUGAUCUUUUUUUGUGUUUUUAGUUUAUGAUCCUUGUAUUUCACAGCUCACUCUUGGAAAAAUAAUAAAUAAGCCUUUUUGAUACUGUCAGCCUGUGUUUUCACUGUAGUUAAACACCAGGGGAAAUGGGGAAUUUUGAUCAUAAGCUACCAUCUUCUUAUUCAUCAUCAUCUCAUUCAUC